GUCCACAUACUGAGUGCGUCGCCUCGGCGGAGCAGCCCAUGGCUACCGGGAUCCCUCUGCACUGACCAGCACGGCUCCGGCGAUCAGCACCGAGGCCAUGGAACACAUCAGGCUGCCUAAGGUUGAAAACGUUUGUUUGAUUGACCGGAACUCCUCCAGGAGGCCAGCACUGGGAACAUUGUAUCUUACGGCUACACAUGUCAUUUUUGUAGAAAAUAUAUCUGAAACACGCAAAGAAACUUGGAUCCUUCACAGCCAAAUCUCAAGCAUUGAAAAGCAGGCAGCAACUACUUCUGGCUGUCCAUUGCUUGUUCGCUGCAAGAACUUCCAGGUCAUCCAGCUUGUUAUUCCUCAGGAAAGAGACUGCCAUGAUAUUUAUAUAUCCCUGGUUCGACUCUCGCGACCAGUUAAAUACGAGGAGCUAUAUUGCUUUUCUUUCAACCCAAAGCUGAACAAAGAAGAGCGGGAGGAAGGGUGGAAGUUAAUUGAUUUGAAGGAAGAAUAUAAUCGAAUGGGUCUUCCAAACAGCCUGUGGCAACUUAGUGAUGUCAACCGUGACUAUAGAGUAUGUGACACAUACCCAACAGAGCUCUAUGUACCCAAAUCUGCUAAUGUGCCAACGAUUGUAGGCAGCUCAAAAUUCCGAAGCCGAGGACGCUUCCCUGCGCUUUCAUAUUACUGCCACGAUAACAAUGCCUCAAUUUGUCGGAGCAGUCAGCCCUUGUCUGGUUUUAGUGCUCGGUGUCUUGAAGAUGAGCAGAUGCUGCAGGCUAUAAGAAAAGCAAACCCUGGAAGCAACUUCCUCUACGUGGUUGACACUCGGCCAAAACUGAACGCAAUGGCAAACAGAGCAGCAGGGAAAGGUUAUGAGAAUGAAGAUAAUUAUUCAGAUAUCAAAUUCCAGUUUAUUGGAAUCGAGAACAUCCAUGUAAUGAGGAACAGCCUUCAGAAGAUGCUGGAAGUUUGUGAGCUUCGAUCCCCUUCUAUGGGGGAUUUUCUGUGGGGAUUAGAGUCGUCAGGAUGGUUGAAGCACAUAAAAACUAUACUGGAUGCGGGUAUCUUCAUUGCAAAGGCUGUAUCAGAAGAAGGAACCAGCGUUCUAGUACACUGUUCAGACGGAUGGGAUCGAACAUCCCAGGUUUGCUCCAUUGCAAGUCUUCUUCUGGAUCCCUAUUACAGAACCAUCAAAGGAUUCAUGGCUUUAGUUGAAAAGGACUGGAUUUCCUUUGGUCAUAAGUUUACUCACAGGUACGGGAAUUUGGAGGGAGACCCGAAAGAAGUAUCUCCAGUGAUCGACCAGUUUAUAGAAUGUGUCUGGCAGCUCAUGGAACAGUUCCCUUGUGUGUUUGAGUUUAAUGAAAGGUUCCUGAUUCACAUUCAUCAUCACGUUUAUUCCUGUCAGUAUGGGAACUUCCUGUGCAACUGCGAGAAAGAAAGGCGGGAAAUGAGAAUUCAAGAGAGAACCUACUCCCUCUGGUCCUACUUGUGGAAGCAGCGUUCGGACUACAUGAACCCGCUCUACAGGAAUGAUCGCAGCCAGAUGCAAAGAACUCUCCGUCCAAACACCUCUCCGUGCAGUUUCAAGUUUUGGAGGGGUCUGUAUAAUCGCUUUGAAAAAGGCAUGCACCCUCGCCAGUCUGUGACUGAUUACCUCCUUGCAGUGAAAGAAGAGACGCAGCAGCUGGACGAAGAGCUAGAGUUUAUGGAAAAGAGGUUAAUGAAACUAGAGAGCCAGGAGUCAAAUUACAAGAAAUUGAAUGAAAAACACCGGAAUGAACAUUUAGACAUCUGUACCACCAAACCUACAACUGUCGGUACUCACCAGGAGUAUAGCACCGACCUGAAAUCAUUUCCUUCCCGUAGCCCUUCUCAAGGUGAGGAGGACUCUGCCCUCAUUCUCACUCAGGAUCACUUGAAAAGCUCCGACCCAGACCUGUCCAAUAAUAGUGACCAAGAGUCGGGGGUUGAGGACUUGAGCUGCAGGUCACCAAGUGGUGGUGAUUCCUUACCAAGUGAAGACAGUGGCAAGGACCCAGAUUCCGAUGAAGCAGUGUUUCUCAACGCUUAAGGGAUGCUUUUGUUAACCCUUUUUAUUUAUUUUUAUAUAGGGAGAAGUGCAAUGUUUUCUUGGAACAAUAUGUUUUAAAAUUUUUAUCUGUACCCACAAUGUAGAAGGGCAGAGAGGUAAGAUCCAAUCCAAGUAUGAUUUGUCACAAUGUAUUCUGUGAUCUUUCCUUGUAACUACUUUAAAUAUUAGUGACUUACAUUUGUUCUACUAAAA